AUGUGGAGCUCUCAGUUUCUCAAGGCCUCCACGCCGACCGCGGACACUAGUUCCACCUCUGCACUUUCAAACACUGUCUGCAUUUGCGACCCCGAUGGGCAUUGGCCAUCAGUGCACGAGAAGCCGGUGAAGGAUUUGUCGGAGUUUGGGGAGAUCGCAAGGCUCGACACCAGCCUCACCACGAUUGCGCGGUGUGUCCUGGUCACCUACUUCGAUGUCCGCUGCGCCCAGCGCCUGAUGCUCUCCAGCCCCGGGCGCUGCGAGCCCUUCCCAGCGGCGGCCCAUGACAUCCGCACGGUGCGAGUGAACCUCUCCGCCUUCGCCGAAGAGGUGGACCACGUCCGCGGUGGUUUCAAUCAAUUCGGGGAGGUCGCUCAUAUCAGUGCAUCGCACGGCCACGCCAUCGUGGAGUUCUUUGACAUCCGAUCCGCACAGAUGCUGCUGGCGGCAGCUCAGGGUGCUGCGAUGCCCUGGACGCCCGAGCAGAACGGCUCGGCCUCCGCCUCUUUGCUCUCCUCGCUGUCUGCUGGCACUUGGCAGUCAAAUGCCGUUCCUCAAGGUUUGCUUGGGUUUCAGACAUCUCUGGGAGAGGAGGAGGUUGUGGACGGUCUGGCACAGGAAGACAAGAAGGGCGAGCGCAACAAUCGCCCCCUCAGGACCAAGGUGAGCACCAAGGAGUUCUCAAAGUACGACAUUGACCCCGACAGGAUCGAGCGCGGGGAGGAUUUCCGGACCACAGUCAUGGUGCGGAACGUGGCAGGCGCCAACGCCCGAAAGGAAUUCCUCAACUUUCUGGAGAAGUGCGGCUUGUCCGAGCGCUUCACGUUCUUCUACAUGCCCUGCAAGGAGCAUCGUAACGUGUUGGCCGGCUUCGCAUUUGUGAACUUUGUCGCGCCCACGAUGAUCGGCAACUUGGCAGCGCUCACCGUUUGCCUGCAAGAGGUGAUGACAGCACCCUACGAAGAUGCACCAGGGGUGAACAAAGACCACAUGAAUAGCUUUGUGAAGAACGUGAUUUACUCCAAGAUUAUCGCCGGUAUGUGUGUGACCAUGAUCUUUGGCAACACAUACUACGCUUGGAUGGCCUACCGGAUGAUGCAAAAGGAGAAGACCACCAACGUGUGCACCUUGCCCUAUGGGAUCAACACUCCUGCCGCCUUUGCCUUCGUCUUCAGCGUCGUUGCCAAGGCGGCACAGGAGGGAGCAAGCCAAGGUAUGGGCAUGGAAGAGGGGGUUCUCUACGCCUGGAAAGUGGGCUGCGUGGCCAACGUGGUGAGCGGCCUCAUUGCGACCAUGUGCGGCUUUGCCGGGCCAUUGAUUGUGAAAGUGGCUCCGGCAGGCAGUCUGAUGGUGGCGCUGGCGGGGCUCGGCUUUACCUACCUUGGCAUUGGCCAGAUCAUCAGCUGCUUCGAUGUGGGCCACCUCGGCUUGUUGCCCUUGGGCGUGGCGUUGGCGGGCUUCUUCGGAGAAGUCCGGACCUCGCCCUUGCCUGCGGCAGUGGCGGUGAUGCUCGUCGGGAGCUUGACCGGGUGGCUUUCCUUCGAAGGUUGGCCAGAGGGUGAGAAUCCCACGGGGGGCACGCCGGAAGCUGUCCAGGAGGCGAUGCAGGGCUUCAGUUUCUACAUGCCGCAGAUGCUGAGCCCUUCCGCCUUCGCGCAGAUCCCCGAGGUCGCCGCCAACAACUUGGCGGUGAUUCUGCCCGUGGCCUUCGUUGGGGCCGUGAACACCUUGGUCUCCACCUACUCGGCGCAUUCGGCAGGGGACAUGUUCUCAAUCCGGGAGUGCUUGAUCGUAGAUGGGCUCACCACUGUGGUGGCUGGGCUCUUUGGCUCACCAUUUGGCACCUGCGUCUACUGCGGACAUCCACAGUUCAAGAACCAGGGUGGCAAGAUUUACUACUCCUUCUUGAACUGCAUCCUCUUUUGUUUCCUGGCAGCCACCGGCAUGUUCGCGGCCGCGAACGCGGUGCUGCCCCCCUGGGCCACCGCCCCCAUCAUUCUCUUCAUCGGGCUUUCGAUCAACCAGGAUGCCUUCAAUAUCAUCCACAACCGACACAUCCCAGCCGCCAUCAUUGGCCUUUUUCCCUCUACGGCUGAUUGGAUCAUGUCGAUCGACUCCGGGGUGAAGGAGAAGAAGCCCGGGCUCGCGGCCCUGUCCUACGGAGCCUUGCUGGUUUGCGUCAUCUGGACCUCCAUGGGCAUUCACGUCAUCGACCGGCGCUUCAUGCAAGCAGGCAUUUGGGCCAUCGUCGGGGCAGUUCUGGCGGCACCAGGACUCAUACACCAAGAGAAGGCGGACCUUAGCUUCAAGAACUACAUGGGUGGCCCUGAGCAACCCUUUGGCUUGUCCGCCUGUGCCUUUCAGGUUGGCUAUGCCAGCUUAGCUCUCCUCUUCUUCCUCCUGAAAAUCCCCCAGCACUACGGAUCCUCUCGCGUCCCAGCAGAAAUCAAGGACAAAGAGGAGGAUGCGGAGGUAGAGGCGGAGGAGAUGGCCCAGAGGGCCAAUGAGCGCUCCUCCUCCCGCAUCAUCAGCCACUUCUUCGACAACGCGGCGGUGGAGCCGGACACGCAGCACAGCGACAGCGACUCCGCUGCGACCAGCGAUUUGGAGGAUGUGCACAAGCUCUUCGUGAUGGUGAAGAGCGGGUACUGGCGAGAGUUCAUGAGCAAGUCCCAGACCAAGGCGCCUGGCGUGAGCUAUGCCCGCUUCCAGGGCCAUGAGGAGUUGGUGCAGCACUUCAGCAGCUCCGCGGUGCUCCACGAACAAGACCCCGAGAAGAGGCCCAUCUUCCGCCCCGAGGCGGCGAAGGCGGCCAAGGAGCAGAAGGAGGGGAAGAAGGAGGGCUAUAUGGCGAAGGUUUCUGGAGCCCCUGGCCUGUCGAACUUCGGGAUGGGAGGCGGCACCGACUGGAUGUCUCUGCUGGCACCCCAUGCCAGCGAACUCUCGGCGCUCCUGGCGGCAAAGGAGGCGAACAAGGUGUCCUCCCCGCCGGCGUACGUGAAGUCCUCCUUCUUGGACAAGGAGGGCAAGCACAUGGAGUUUGCACCUCCUCAGAUGGGUGCGUGA